AUGGCGUCCGAAGGAGCUAUUCGCAAUCUGCCUCUUCAUGAGAUGGAUACCAAUCUCAUGUUUGAGAAAUUUACAAUUCAAGAAAUCCGAGAAAUAGAAAAGAAGAACAGAGUGGACAUAGAAAGGAAGAAGGAAGAAUUAAGAGUUAUGGUUGGAGAAAGGUACCGGGAUUUAAUUGAGGCAGCUGACACUAUUACAGAAAUGAAGAACAGUUCCCAAAAUGUUAUGAAAUCAAUUUCACGGAUGGAAGAGCUGUGCAAACAAUUGAAACAAAAUCAUAUGGUCAAAGGUGCCUCUUACACUCACCGGCCUUUUGCAGACAAAGCCAGUUUGCAACUAGAAGCACAGCAGUCAGCAAGUAUUCUGUCAUGGUUUCCUGUCCUUAGCCGGCAAUGGACUGCCAUUAGCCAUUUUAAAGCUACCAUUCUACAGGGUUGCCGGAAGCUACUACGUGAUGUAACUGCAACUGAUAAGCAAAUUGCAGAUGCUCUGUGUUCUAUUCUUCUACUUGAAGAUAGUACACCAAGACAAGUUUUCAAUGAAUUCCUUCUUGCCAGAACUAAUGCAGUGCAACAAUUGUUUCAUGUGUCUCAACAAGGCAUUGGAGUUAAGCAACAAAUCUGCCUUGUAGUACAACUUAUUGUUCGUACUGUGCAUCAAAUACACGCUGUAUUUUACACAGCAGAAAAUGAUACUUUAAAUAUAGACACAAAUGUGCCUUGUAACUUACUUUAUAGUAUUCUGGAAAAGGUUACCAAUACUUCACUUAAAAGUGUUGGUCUUUUAGAUCAUCAAAGUUCAAUAUCAGCUCGUUAUCUUCCUAAUUCUGUGAUUGAUUUCCGCCCUACAACACGAGCAUCCAUUUCUGUGAUUUCUGUACAGCAUCUGAAGGAGAAUUGUCAGCAAUGGAUUGAUGCUUGCAUUCAGAGUGUCAAAAUAGGAAUGUGCAAACUGUUAGGAUUUGUGAACACUGUGAAGAGACUUGCAGACAUCCGAAAGGAAGUUUGGGAACUUUUGUUACAGGAAACAAAUUUUGACCAGUGGAAAUUAAUCUGUGAAAGGAUAUUCAAUAGUGGUCAGUUGAUGUCCAUCUGGUCAGUAUUUCUAAAGGAGCAGUUUUUGGACAGAAUCAAGUCUCUCAUUCAAUUUCAAAUGGAUUCUACUGCGGAAGUUACAAAACGACACAUUUCCAAGGUUGUCAUGGAAUUGGCAAGUCCUAAUGAAAGAUCCAUGAUGGCUGAAGUUGAUUUAGCUAAUUUUAUUUGGAUAGAAUCAGUUGGAGAUAUUCCUACUAACACUGCAUGGAUACCUGCAAGUCAAAAGACACUCAAUGAAGGAGGUGGACUUUUAAUGAAAGCACGCACAUUUACUCCAGCUGUGCUUUGUCUCUGUAAGACAUUUAAUGAUAAAUUGAAAUCAAUGCUUGAGGACAUAGAGCCAUAUCUGACCACUGAGGAAAAUGUUACUCUCACUUCACAACAACACAGCCCCUUUGAUCAACUGGCUGAUUGCCCUGAAAUUGAAGCUCAUGUCAAGAAAUCCAGUGAAAAUUGUGUCACUCAAAUAUUAGACUAUGUCACUGAACAGAUGAAACUCUGGAAAAAGUCCCUUGAGGAAAUACAAGACAAAACCACAAAUGAAAUUACGAUAAACAAAGUAAUUUUGGUUGGUCGCUUUUGCUUAGCAGUCACUGAUCUUUGUCCACAUUUGCACAAGUGCAUUGUGGGAAUGGACAACAAAGAGAAGGGCAUAAAAUCUUCAGGAUAUAAAAGCAAAAAAGCCACAUCUGAUUCUCUUUGGGAAAAUGUUCAAGCUUCUCUUUCUCAGUGUCAUUUGGAUUCAUAUGGAAUCUGGACCAAUUAUACAUCAUCCAUGAUUAUCACACAAAUUAGACAAGCUAUUUUGAAUCAAGAAGGCUCCCACAUCAUAUCUUCCUUAACUAAAUGGGAUGAAAUUGACAUUGAAGAAGAAACAGAAAGUGGUGAGAAGAUCAAAUCAAAAAUCAGAGUGCCAAUGCAGGCUUCAUGGUAUGUCCAGACUUUACUUUAUUCAGUGUGCAAAGAAAUAAACAGAGUGGCAGGACAUGCAGUGAAAAGACAAGUUCUGCUUGAAAUGGUGUCCAGAAUAUCAGAUGGCAUUGUUGAGUGCUAUGAACAACUCCUGCAGAAAAGUCAAUUGAAAUCAUCCCCUCCUGAGCCAGGCUGUAUUCACCUGACCCAGCAGAGAGCACUGCAGCACUUGUUUGACAUCAAAUUCAUCACAUCUGUCAUCCCAGCCCAGGAUAUGGAUGAUGAGAAUAAGGGUGCCUAUCAACAGCGCAUUAAACAAAUUUUUGAUCAACUAGAAGAAUUUGUAGAUCCAUUUGACUUGGAUGUAUUUACACCAUACAUGCAAUCCCACCUAACAAAGUGCAGCCAAAGAUGCAAUGUUUUGUUUGGUAGCAUGACAUCAGUAUCUAAACAGAACAUUAUCUUUGGUAACCGGCACUACACCUCAGGAAGCCACCAUCAAGAACAGCACAACAUUCUGCCUCUAAGCAAUUGUACCAACCGCUUUCCAUUACUACCACUGAGUACCAGUUAUCCAAACAGAGCAGUGGCACCCCAACCAGUGUUACAAGCACUCCCUAGGACUGAAAUUGUGUCCUCAUCAUUGGCAGAAGUAGCAGCAGCUGUGUUGCCCAAACCAACAGUGCACAAUGUCUCUGGGGGUUCAUUUUAUGAUAAGCUUGGCAGUGUGGGUGCAAUGUGGUUCUCAAAUAUUGGUGGGGGUGGAAGUAACAGCAAUAAGUCUUAA